CAGAGGGUGGGGAAGGGAGGAGAGAAGAUGGGGCAACCGUCCAACCCCCUGGAAGGUGUAUAAAAGGCAUCCACUCCGGGGAAGAGCCACAGACCUCAGCCAGGCCAAGCCAAGAUCCUACUGCACCAACUCUCUGCCCAUCUCGCUCUCACCAUGAGCAGUUUCCUGCAGAAUUCCUCUGCCAGCUAUGGAGGUGGCUUUGGGGGUGGCUCCUGCAAGCUGGGAGGAGGUCGCAGUAUCUCUACCGGCUCAACCCGGUUUUUCUCUGGGGGAUCAGCUGGGGGCUUUGGAGGUGGCAUAAGCUGUGGCUUCGGUGGAGGGGCUGGUAGUGGUUUGGGUGGAGGCUUUGGAGGUGGCCUUGGAGGUGGCCUUGGAGGUGGCCUUGGAGGUGGCUUUUGUGACUUCGGUGGUGGCGAUGGCAGCCUCCUCUCUGGCAAUGAGAAGAUCACCAUGCAGAACCUCAACGAACGCCUGGCCUCCUACCUGGGGAAGGUGCGCGCCCUGGAGGAGGCCAACACCGACCUGGAGAAGAAGAUCCAUGACUGGCAUCAGAAGAAGAGCCCAGUCAGCCAAGAGCACGACUACAGCCCCUACUUCAAGACCAUCGAUGACCUCCGGGUCAAGAUCUUGGCGGCCACCAUCGACAACAACCACAUCAUUCUGGAGAUUGACAACUCCAGGCUGGCUGCCGACGACUUCAGGCUCAAGUAUGAGAACGAGCUGGCCCUGCGCCAGAGCGUGGAGGCCGACACCAACGGCCUACGCAGGGUGCUGGACGAGCUGACCCUGCUGAAGACCGACCUGGAGAUGCAGAUUGAGAACCUGACCGAGGAGCUGACCUACAUGAAGAAGAACCACGAGGAGGAGAUGAAGGAGUUCAGAAACCAGGUGGUCGGCCAGGUCAAUGUGGAGAUGGACGCCACCCCGGGCAUUGACCUGACCCGCGUGCUGGCGGAGAUGAGGGAGCAGUACGAGGCCAUGGCGGAGAAGAACCGCCGGGAUGCCGAGGAAUGGUUCCAAAGCAAGAGUGUGGAGCUGACCAAGGAGGUGUCUUCCAGCACCGCCAUUAUCCAGACCAGCAAGACGGAGAUCACGGAGCUCAGGCAGACGCUCCAGGGUCUGGAGAUUGAGAUGCAGUCCCAGCUGAGCAUGAAAUCCGGGCUGGAGAGCACGCUGGCGGAGACCGAGUGCCGCUACGCCCUGCAGCUGCAGCAGAUCCAGGGCCUCAUCGGCAGCAUCGAGGCCCAGCUGAGCGAGCUCCGCAAUGAGAUGGAGUGCCAGAACCAGGAGUACAAGAUGCUGCUGGACAUCAAGGCGCGGCUGGAGCAGGAGAUCGCCACCUACCGCAGCCUGCUGGAGGGCCAGGAUGCCAGGUAG